AACUGGGCGGGGCUUAGAUGAUGUCAUCUGAGUAAACAGAAAAAAUGGCGACGCCAUACACGGGAGAUCCGGUUUUAGGGACAAACGGUGUUAUUUCAGAGAGUUUCGCCAAACAGUUUACCGAUUUACCAGCGGAAUUAUUAGAGCAUAUAUUGUGCUUCCCUGUUCUAAACCAUAUCGACAUCUGCAACGUUUCCUGCACGUGCAAGAGGCUGCAUGACGUGUGCCAUGGCAGAGGAAAGGUCUGGGCGCAUCAGUACAAACUCAGGUGGCCCAGGCUGCAGAGAUUUUAUCAACAAAAUGAGUCAUACGAUUGGCUGAAAGAAUUCAAAACCCGGCACAUGGUUGGUCAACAGAUAAGAAGAACAGUAGAGUCUAUUUCCAAGAGGUUCUUCACAGAAGUUCUACGGUUGGACAGGUAUAUUUAUAUGGUUCUUGGAGACAGCUUUGCGGAAAUCGAGUCUCUUGGUGCUCCAGAACACUUCUGUGAGGAUGAGCUCCUUGGCAUUUUGAACUCGGACAAAAGGAAAUGUUUGACACUUAAGUACUAUGCGAAGAAAAUCCUCUACUUCCUCCGGCAACAGAACAUUCUGAGGAAUUUGAGGGGUUUCCUUGAGAGACCACCAGAACAACAAUCAGCCCUUGAAGGUGCUGUUUUGGUCGAUCGGUAUUGCAACCCUCUGGCUGAUAUCACUCUUGAGAGCAUAUCUGCACAGAUAGAAGAACUCACUGACAAGGUGAAGAAGUAUCUGCGAGUAAAAAAUGCCACACACCCAAGUCUACGAGCCAGUCAAGGUGACUGCUUUGUUCUGGAAAACCUGGAGUUUGAAAGGCAAGUCAUAUGUGCUCUGAAUGCUGUGCUGUAUGACCAGCUGCAGUACAAGGGCAAUGAGCGUGACUACUACAAUCCACUCAACUCAUACAUACAUCAGGUUCUGCUCCGUCGGACGGGCAUUCCCAUCAGCCUCUCUGUGCUUUACAUGACUCUGGCCAGGAAGUUAGGAGUUCCUCUGGAGCCUGUCAACUUCCCCAACCAUUUCCUGCUCCGCUGGUGCCAAAAUCAAAGGAGGAGUGAGGACAUCUAUGACUAUGUAUACAUUGACACGUUUGGGAAAGGAAAGCAGCUGGCUGCUAAAGAGUGUGAGAAUCUGAUCCGACACCAGGUGGGAGCAGAUUAUUACAGCGCUAUAAGCACCAGCGAGCUGCUGCUGCGGAUGGUGGGAAACCUGCUGAACAUCGGCAAAAGAGGGGAAGGGAAUGAGAAAUCAUAUCAGCUCCUGCGGGACUCGCUGGAUCUCUACCUCACUAUCAACCCUGAUAAUGUGCAGUAUCUUCUGCUACAGGCCCGUCUCUACUUCCACCUGGGCAUCUGGCCUGAGAAAGUGUUGGAUAUUCUGCAGCAUAUCCAGGCUCUGGACCCGUCUCAGCACGGAGCGGUCGGGUAUCUGGUGCAGCACACGCUUGAGCACAUCCAACAUAAGAGGCAUCCCGUAGAACCGGAGGUGAAGAGGCGCAGCGUGCCGGAGCACAGGGAUGUACUGUACUCUGUAGGCCUCAUCAUGAAACAUAAGAGGUCAGGCUACAACUGCGUUAUCUACGGUUGGGACCCUAAAUGCACCAUGAGUCAGGAGUGGAUUAACACUAUGAGGGUCCAUCAGCUGUCUAAGGGGGCCGAUCAGCCAUUCUACAACGUCUUAGUGCAGGAUGGGACAUGUAGAUAUGCUGCGCAAGAGAAUCUGGAACCUCACUCGGCCCCGCUGGAGAUCUCUCACCCUGAGGUCGGCCGCUACUUCACCGAGUUCUCUGACACACACUACAUCGCUAAUGAAGAGCUCCAGGCGCAUUACCCAGAGGACAUGUGCAAGACCCACAGGACUGUAGAGGAGCUCUACCACGGUCUCAACCCCAACUCAGGGCAGUCACCGGAGCCCACCGCCAACUUUCAGGAGCAUGAUUUGUUAGAUCCGUAGAGAAGAAUGCCACUGCACUAUAGAUGCGUAAUGCCAUUCACUUUCUCCUAAACUGUUACAGCUGUUAAGGGACUGGAUUUCAAAGUUUGAAGAACUACUGUAGUUAAAGGAAUAGUUCACCCAAAAAUGAAAAUUUGCUGAACAUUUACUCAAUUGCCUUCCAAGAUGUAGAUGAGUUUGUUUCUUCAUGAGAACAGAUUUGGAGUAAUGUAGCAUUACAUCUCUUGCUCACUAAUAGAUCCUCUGCAGUGAAUGGGUGCCGUUAGAAUAAGAGUCCAAACAAUCCAUCAAUGAAUGUCUUGUGAAUUUAAAAGCUGCAUGUUUGUAACAGACUGGAAAUGUGUGGAUAACUUGUGGAUGAUUGUGAUGUUUUUAUCAGCUGUUUGGACUCCCAUUCUGACGGCACCCAUUCACUGCAGAGGAUCCGUUGGUGAUCAAGUGAUGCAAUGCUACUUUUCUCCAAAUCUGUUCCAAUGACGAAACAAACUCAUAUGGCCUGAUGAUGAGUACAUUUUAAUUUUGGGGUGAACAAUUCUUUUAAGACAACAUCCUGGUCCUAGAUUAGUUUUAGGCGCAACUUUGACCCAGAGCUGAAAAUGAAGUCUAAGUUGAAAGAAACAUGUGUUGUAUUUGAGUGGUUGAGUAUAAAUUAUGUGGUUGAGUUACAGUAUUUGUGCAGAUACAAAAUAUACUCUAGAUAGUAUGUAUAGAUUAUGUGAACUUACACUACAGAGGGUCUGAAUAUCUGUGUAUGUGUUGAUGAUCAGCUUCAGGCCCGUUCCUUAUGCCAUCAGUCAUAUCACAUCUCACUGAACUAAUGCACUAAUGUCACAUUUGUUAAUAUGUUUACUAACAUCCACUUGACAAGAGGUCAAAUGUCUAAAGCUGUCACCUUAAAAUAUUUUGUAAUGUUUAUUUCAAAGUUAAAUAAAAAAAGAAAAAAACCUAGAGAACAAGGGCUCAUGAAAUGAUUGGCUCAUAGUGGUUGUAAAUACAAAAGUACUGAGAAUAUAAGCGAAUGAAUCGCAAUAAAAAAUAAGCUGUA